AUGGCAAGCCACGGCGUCACCCGCAGCACCCGAAUACGCACCGAAGAGCAGCGCCAGCAAGACCUUGAAAAGAUUGCAAAGUAUCGCCACCUCGAAAACCAGAUACGCGCCCAAGUGGCGGCUGGAGCCUACAACUUGGAGCUCUUUGAUCUGACGACCAAGCUGCUCCGCCAAAAUCCCGAGUACUACACCAUAUGGAACGUCCGUCGCCGCUGUCUGCUGGCGUGUCGGCUCUCCGGAGCAGCGCAUCAAACCACAUCAGACGCCCACGGCGAGGCACCAGAGACAUCAGAGGCCAAGAACCAGGAAACGGACGGUGAGGUGCUGCAGACGGAAAUCGCCUUUACCAUGCCGCUGCUCAUGGAGUUCCCCAAAUGCUACUGGAUCUGGAAUUUCCGCCAAUGGCUACUAUCACAGGCCAUUCAGCGACUGCCGCUUCCACUCGCGCGCAAGAUCUGGGAGACAGAGCUGGGCCUGGUCUCCAAGAUGCUGAACAAGGACCAGCGCAACUUCCACGCCUGGGGUUAUCGGAGGCUUGUGGUAGCGAAGCUGGAGAGCUCCGAGCUCGACGGCAAGAGCAUGGCCGAGGACGAGUUUGCGUACACGACCAAGAUGAUACGACAGAGCUUAUCCAACUUUUCUGCGUGGCACAACCGGAGCCAGCUCAUUCCAAAGGUUCUAGAGCAACGAGGUGCCGACGACAAGGCUCGGGCGGAGUUCCUCACCCAGGAGCUGAACCUCGUGCGAGAUGCUUUGAAUGUUGGUCCGGAAGAUCAAAGCUUAUGGUACUAUCACCAGUUCCUGGUAUCACAAAUCGUGGGAGAUGGGGAUAGGCCAAGCAUCACACCAAACUUGACCGUUGACGAAAGGGUUGCCUAUCUAAAGCAGGAAAUUGAGGAGAUCAAAGACCUGCUGGAGGACUACGACGACGUCAAGUGGAUUUACGAGGCUCUUUCGGAGUACACGGUGGCCCUGGAAAGGCUACAACAAAGCAAUGGCAACAAUGGGGACCUGCAGGUCUGGCUCACGAAACUGCGGACUCUGGACCCGAUGCGCACUGGUAGAUGGAACGAUGUCCAACAACUGGCAGCCUGA